GUACUAGAUGCCACGUUGCUUCAUUUCCCCAACUGUCUCAUGACUUUUGAGUAGAAUUAUCUCCAUAAAAUAGUACUGCCCGUUGUAGGAUCAGUCUCCAAAAAUAUCCAAUCCCAUGUUGUCUGGAUUCUUGCCAGCCUCUGCUUUUCUUUUACUUAAUCAAGCAAUAAUUCAUACUACACACACUCCUCUCCCUUCCCUUCUUUUGUAAUUAUGUAUGGAAAUCUUGUGUAUAUUGGAAAAUCUUGUCUUUUAAUUGGAGGCUGCUAUCUUGACAAAGAUGGUUUCUUGAGGAUAUGAUUCCUAUCCAGUGAAAGUGCUAAGUGAGCACAGAAUAUCUUUUUCUCUGCCCAAAUAUAAUGGAGAAGAAGCAGAAGAAAUUCCUUACUGUAGCGCCAUUUCAGUGUGCUUGGCAUGACGAUUUGAGGUUUAGGGAAGCAGGAAGAGGUUGUGUUGCUUUUGAUGCCUUUGCACACAAUGAUGUCACAGUUGUCUUUCGGGAAAAUGCAGGCAGUCAGCAUUACCAUUAUAAAAGGGAUAAUAGUCCACACUACACUGUGAUUAUUGGUAGUCACAGGAAUAAAAGGUUGAAUAUUGAGGUUAAUGGGAAAACAGUUGUGGAUGUUGCUGGGGUUGAUCUUUACUGCUCUUCGACAUUCCAGAGUUACUGGAUUAGCAUAUAUGAUGGACUGAUAAGCAUUGGGAAGGGGAGGUACCCUUUCCAAAACCUUGUCUUUCAGUGGCUGGACUCAAACCCAAAUCGCAGUGUGCAGUAUGUCGGGCUUAGCAGUUGGGAUAGACAUGUUGGGUAUCGGAAUAUCAAUGUUCUGCCUCUGACACAAAACCAUAUAUCCUUGUGGAAGCACGUGGAUUGUGGUGAAUAUAAUGGCAUGGAAGAUGCUGAUGAAGAGUUGGAAGAAGAUAUUGAAGACUAUGAAAAUUGGGGACUUGAAAAUUUUCUGGAAAGUUGGGAACUAGCAGACGUGUUCUUCAUAGUUGGAAAAGAGGCAAGGGCUGUCCCGGCACAUAAGAUCAUAUUGGCUGCAUCCGGGAAUUUUAGUUUGAGUUCCUCAGGAGAAGAUUUUAUCCACCUCCAAGAUGUUUCAUACCCUAUACUCCAUACACUUCUUGAAUAUAUAUAUACAGGCAAUACCAAGGUUCCAGAGUCGCAUCUCAGUUCUCUAAAAGCUCUGAGCUUACAGUUUGAAGUAAGUAUGCUGGUGAAGCAGUGUGAAGAAAUGAUGGAACGGUUUAAACUCAAUAAGAAACUUUUUGACUCCGGAAAAAGCAUAGAGAUAUCAUAUCCAAGCUCUCGGCUCAACUGCUGCACUGUGUUUUUGAACAAAUUACCCAUUGACGUUAAGAGGCUUACUAGUUUUCGAUUGACUGGUGAGUACAGUGAUGUAGAAAUUCACAUUGAGGGCCAUGGUCAAGUUGCAGGGGUGCAUAGAAUCAUCCUUGGCUUAUGGAGUGCCCCUUUUACAAAGAUGUUCACAAAUGGAAUGACUGAAAGUGUUUCCUCAAAGGUUUGCUUGAAAGAUGUCUGCUUUGAAGCAUUUAACAUUAUGCUCGAAUUCAUGUAUAGUGGAGAAGUUAACAAGGAAGAUACCAUGGACAUCGACACGUUGCUACUUCAGCUUCUUUUGUUGGCAGAUCAGUUUGGAGUUUCUCUUCUUCAUCAGGAAUGCUGUAAAAGACUUCUAGAACACCUUUCUGAGGACUCUGUGUGCCAAAUUUUGCAAGUGAUUCCGUCCAUUCCGUCAUGUAAACUAAUUGAAGAAACAUGUGAGAGGAAGUUCUCAAUGCAUUUUGAUUAUUGUACGACAGCCAGCAAUGACUUUGUCAUGUUAGAUGAAGCAACAUUUGGAAACAUUCUUCAGCAUCCAGAUUUGACAGUAACUUCUGAAGAACGAGUUCUCAACGCAAUCUUGCUUUGGUGUUGCAAAGCUCCGGAGUUGUUGAAUUCAACACCUGAACUCUUUUUCGGUGAAAGGCUCAACUCGCUCGACGAAUUUCUAAGUUUUGUACGGUUCCCUUUGCUUCCUUAUCCAAUGCUGCAAAAGUUGGAAAGAAGCAACCUCACCGCGUGCAUUCCUAAGUUCAAUCAGUUGGUGAAAGAAGCCAUUAGUUUUCUGGAAUUUGGAUCUUCUGGACAUGAGAAAGACAUAAAUAAAUUCCAGCAUAGGCGAUCGAGUUUUAAGGAACUCCAGUACAUAUGUGAUGGAGAUAGCAACGGAGUAUUGUACUUUGCAGGCACUUCCUACGGUGAACAUCAGUGGGUAAAUCCUGUUUUAUCAAAGAAAGUAACGAUUACUCCGAGCAGCCCCCUUUCCAGAUUCACAGAUCCAAAGGUUUUAGUCUCCAGAAGUUAUCAGGGCACAUCUUUUGCCGGGCCUCGGAAGGAGGAUGGGAGAACCACGUCCUGGUGGAUGGUUGACAUUGGCCACGGUCAUCAGUUGAUGUGCAACUAUUACACAUUGAGGCAGGAUGGAUCUCGAGCUUUCAUCAGAAAUUGGAGUUUUCAGGGCUCUAUGGAUGGAAAUAACUGGACGAACUUGCGAGUACACGAGAACGACGUAACAAUGUGCAAGCCCGGUCAAUACGCAUCUUGGCCUGUCGUCGGACCCAACGCUCUUCUUCCCUUCAGAUUCUUUCGAGCUGUCCUGACCGCUCCUACCACCGAUAUAACUAACCCUUGGAGCUUUUGCAUAUGCUUCUUGGAGCUUUACGGUUACUUCCGUUGACACGACGGGAUUGUUUCAAGGAAAUUUACCAGUACAGGUUCUUCAAUGAUAGUACAACAUGAGUAAUCCUACAUAUAGGUUGUCUCAAAGAGUAUCAUGUUAAUCAUCACUUGAUUUUAAGGUAGUUUCAUGGUUUGGUUUAAUCUGAAUCAGAUUACAAUGUUUGGACUAGCGGAUUAAGUGCAUAUUGCACAUGUAUUAUCUUGAUUACUGCGUUUUUCUUUUCUUUUCUUUUCUAUCAAUUAUUGCGUGUAGUUUAAGAUACACAGUAGGUUGAGUUUGAGUUGAGCCAAUUAGACCAUCCAAUAGAAAAGCACGUUGCUUUGGUCUU